CCAAAUUACUGGGGGGGAUCUGCCCGCACCCCCCUUCCUGAAGCCCCAGGCUCUCUGGGGUGUAUAAAAGGGCUGAGCUCCUUCCACAGCUCCAUCCACACUCCAGCACUUGACUCCUCUCAUCACUCGGGUAAGUGCAGCUCUGUGAAGCCUCUUGAGGAUCUCUCUCAACACCACUCCAGCCUCACACCUUUGCCUCUUUCCCGGGGUGUUUUCCAGAAGCCUCUACCAGUCUCCAGGAUGUCCUGCUGUGUCCCCAGCUGCGGCGUGGUCGCCCCGGCCCCUCUGGCUGACACCUGCAACCAGCCCUGCGUGCAGCAGUGCCCCGACUCCACGGUGGUCAUCCAGCCCCCGGCCUCGGUGGUCACCUUCCCCGGGCCCAUCCUCAGCUCCUUCCCGCAGCAGAGCGCCGUGGGCUCGGCCGGAGCUCCCUACGUCGGAGGCGGCUUCGGCGGCUCCUCCGGACGCCGUGCGGGCUCCGGCGGCUCCGGGGGCUUUGGGGGCUAUGGAGGUUUUGGGGGAUUCGGAGGUUUUGGGGGCAGCUGCGGCGUCCCCAGAGGCUGCGGGCCCUGCUAAGCCCCAGCCCGAGCGCGCCCCCCGAGCCGGGAGAGCUCCAGGAACGCGCCCGGCCCAUCCCCGCUCGCCAAGGCCCGAUGGAAGAACAGACCGGCAGACAUCCCCCGGCCCCGCUCCGCCGCCUUCCUGCCGCGCUUGGAGCCCCGCAGCGAUCGCUGACCGCUCCUGGCAAGACCCCAAAUCGCCUCCGGCUCUGCCGGGGGCCGGGACACGCGGGGAACCCUCGCCCAGGGCCCCGCUCCGCUGCCGACCCCUCCUUGCCCCCGCACGGCAAUAAAACCUAGCUCGCAUUGCAAUGGUCACCGGCUCU